AUGCAGAACGCGAAGGCCCCAGCUGCUUGGAUCCAGUGCGUUCGGGUAUUCCAGUGCGAGAUUUGCAUGAAACUCCAGAGGCCACGUUCAGUCCGCGUAGCGGUCCUGCCCAUGGCCAAGCGCUUCAACCAGGGUGCCCACCGCGAGCUCGGCCUGAUGGAGCGCAAUCGCGCCGUCCGUCGAGAACAGUUGGCCAAAUACCACAUGCAAAUCCCCGACGACUUGCUGAAGGCGGCCCGGAGGAUGACGGCCAGCCAACGGAACGCGCUGAGGAACGUCAACGUUUCCUCACCGGCAAUGCUAGUGCUGGACGCGCAGCCCGAGAUACCUGGAGCGUUGAGCGACGAAGACUUCGGCUUAGCCGAGCAGUCCGCGUUGACUGACCCGGAGAGCGAGGUGCACGAGAUCAUGGUGCGUCGGGGCUGCGGAAUUGGCGAGUGGGCGCGCAACUGGAGGCCAGACAAAGACAGGGCGCUGGAAAAGCGUCGCUGGCACGGGCCGGCGCCGGUCGCGGCCGUGGAGGCUAAGCCUUACGAGGACGAGGUCCUGCGCGCAGGCGUGGUCUGGGCGACGCGCAGGCGCGCGAUUUACAGGUGCAGCUUGGAGCAGCUACGACCUGAGCUGGCGUCGGAGACGAGGGGGCGAGAGGCAAAGCCUGGCGGCCCGCGCUGCCCGCCCAGCACCAUGAAGAAGCUGCGGAAGGCGCUCGAGCAGACCAGAGGGGCGUUUAACUUCCAGGACCUGCGAGAGAAGGGCGACAAGCCAGAGUGCGACGAAACUGCGGGCGACAUGGGCCAGCCCCCUACAGCCGCCGCUCGCGCGGGAACGGAGCAGGAGGCUGAACAAGAAGACGACGACGAAGAUGAUGAAGAGUUGCUCUUGCUAGAAGAGUCGGCCGAGACCGUGUCUACGGUCACGCACAAGCGGAAGGCCCCCGCAAUCGUGGAGGCCAGGCUCUCACCCGAGGAAAAGAAGCAGCUCCAGGAGGCGAAGUGGGGAGCCCUUGAGGUCUUCAAUAAGAACGAGGGAUGGGAGCCCAUCGACGAGUCCGAGGUCGACCCAGCCGCCUGCUGCCCGCUGCUGUUCUUGCUGAAGUGGAAACUGGAGGAUGGCAAGCACGUAGCCGACUCGAGAGUUCUGUACCAGGGCUUCAACAAUCGUGACGUGGCCGAGGGGUGGAAAGUGUUCUCCGCCGACGUGAAGUCCGCGUUCCUUCGAGCUGACAGCGCGGAACCCCGCGGGUUGAAGUUGUACGCCACACCCAUCAAGGAGAUGCGGGAGAUGCUGUCACAGCAAUCUGGACUGGAACCUGGACAGUUGCUGAAGAUGGAUCGCGAGGCCAGUGACGACCCGUUCGACAUCUGCGUGAUCGACGGCCAGAAUUACGCGGUGGACGGCCUGAUCGGGAAGCACGUGGACGACUUCUUGGGAUGCGGAGAGAAUGCGAGUACGGUGGGCGAUCUGCACGCGCCCGUGGACGACCCCGAAUCGUUCAAGGCCAAGCUUGCUCUACUGAACCAGAAGUUCAAUUCUGGCAACUGGGGUUUCGGGUUUGAGCUGGCGUUUACGGGUGGCGAGCUGGAGCAGAACGUCAACACCUACGCGACCGCGCUGACGUUCGAGAAGUACUGGCACGCGGCCCAACCGAUCACCAUUGACAAGGCCCGACGUGCGAGCCCGACGAGUCCACUGACGCCGAAGGAAAUGACAAGUUUCGGGACGCUGGAUGGGCAACUGCAAAAGCCAACCGCGCAGGGCAUCAUUAUUGCAGCCGCUACCGUGCCGUUUCGUGCUGCUGCGACGGGCAGCGCCACCGCGCAGGACAUGAUCGACGCGAACAAGGACCUGCGAUUCCUGAACGCCAAUGCGGGCGUCGGGCUGUGCUUCAGUUUCGACGAGCCAUGGAACGCUAUGAGGAUUGGAGCGUACUCGGAUGCUGGCUGGGCAAGCCGACCUGACGGGAGCUCAAAGGGCGGCUACCAGAUCUUCAUCGGGCCUGCCGACGAGCUUGAGACGGGCACGCCUACGCCGAUCGUGGCGAUGGAAUGGGCUUCGAAGAAGUUGCAACGCAUGUGCAGGAGUUCUUUGUCAACCGAAGCUCAGGCCGCCGCGUUGGGCGUGGACUCGCUCAUGCUGGUGAAGAUCUACGCGGCGCUCAGCUCAAGGCCCGACCUGACGGGCGACGAGGCCAUGACGUACUUCGGCCAGUCCCCUUUCAUCACGGACGCCAAGUGCCUCUAUGACGCCUCGAGGUCAAUAACCGCGGGAUUGGGCAUCGCCGAGCAGCGUGCCGCCAUCGAAGUCAGGAUCGCGAACGAACAGGUGGAGGAGAUUGACGCGGUCUGGAGGUGGGUCAACACUCAGCAACAGCUGGCCGAUGGGCUUACCAAGCUCAGUAGUCGCCAGACGCUAGCGGACAUACUACGACGUGGAGUGCAUGCGCUGAAGUACGACCCGAACAUCGUGGCGGGAAAGAAGCUGAGCAAAAGGCAGGUGGAGCUGCGCGAGCAAGAGCUGGAGCAAGCCUGCGACGAACCGGCGGGCAACGCCGAGACUACGGAACAGCCGAAGCAGAGAGCGCGCCGGGGACACUACGGAGCGAGCGGGAGGAGGCUGGCAGCCACACUAGCUGCAGGCGCCGCUUCAGGGAGCCAGGGGCGCGGUAUGCGCACCCGGGUGGAUCUGGACGGUGGCGCGUGGGACCUCCUGACGUUUCUCGUGUUUGUGAUCGUGCUAUCGCUGGGCAUCGGGCUGGCGAUCGGCUUUUGCAUGGGGUGGAGCUACAAGUGGCGAAGAAGAAGACGAAGACGCGAAGGGCACGGACAGUGCCUCACCGAAGAUGGGAACGAGCAGUGGGUCGACGAAGACGACUAUGAGGUCUACCAUCCCUGGAGAUGUGCCGACGCGUGGACCGACGGUGACGUCCGCAACCCGAAGACGCCCAGCUACGACGGCCAAGCAGCCCGACGUGUACAUCAGCACGUACGGCGAGAGAUACCACUUGACGAGCACAUGCGCUGGGAUGCGGGGCGCGAAGAGCGCGACGCGGUACGAGAUUGGCAG